AGGGUGUUGCAUUGACACUAACCCCGAUUGCCUCGGAGUUCGGGGUUUCUACUACAUGGGUCCGAUUCACAACAUGCUCCUUGUUCUUGGGUCUUUGCAUUGGUGCAUCUUUCUGGGGUAUCGCGUCCGAUAUCAUCGGCCGUCGCCCGGCUUUCAAUAUGACACUAUUCAUUUGCGGUGUCUUUGGCAUCGCCGCCGGUGGUGCCCCAACUUGGAUCGGAGCCUGUGCCCUGUAUGCUUGCUUGGGUCUUGGUGUAGGCGGUAACUUGCCUGUCGAUGGGGCUCUGUUUUUGGAAUUCCUGCCUUUUGCUUCGGGAAACCUUCUGACAAUGCUGAGUGUCUGGUGGCCUCUCGGCCAACUAGUCUCCAGUCUACUCGCAUGGGCGUUCAUUCCGAACUACAGCUGCAGCAGCGAUCUGCCUGCUUGUGGUAACGUUGCCAGCGGAGAGGCUUGCUGCACUAAGCAGAGCAACAUGGGGUGGCGAUACUUGUGCUACACGCUGGGUGCCCUUACUUUUGCCAUGUUCAUCUGCCGCUUCUUCCUCUUCCAUCUAUACGAGUCGCCCAAGUAUUUGCUUGCACGCGGCCGUCAGAGCGAUGCCGUUGCUUCCGUCCACGGCAUUGCCCACAAGAACCGAACCAAGACCUGGCUGACUGAGGAAAUCCUCAACGAAAUUGGUGGUUAUCCUGAGGAUGUGGCAGAGGAAAAGCUCAGCUUUGCUGAAAUCGUGCGGAGGAAUUUGUCCAAAUUUUCCUUGGAGCGCAUUGGACCCCUCUUUUCCUCCAAGAAGCUUGGUUUCUCCACCGUUCUCCUCUGGUUCUGCUGGGCCACGAUUGGAAUGGGAUAUCCCUUGUUCAAUGCCUUCCUCCCCCAAUACCUCGAGCGUGCAGGUGGCUCCAGCUCCAGCUCUACAUACAUCGCCUACCGGAACUAUGCCAUCACUUCGAUUGUCGGUGUCCCGGGGUCGAUCCUGGCCUGCUACACUGUUGAGAUCAAGUAUGUCGGCCGUAAGGGUACGAUGGUUAUCUCCACCUUGAUUACCGGAGUGCUGCUCUUCUGCUUCACGGCCUCGACCAACUCCAACAUCCAACUGCUUUGCUCCUGCCUCGAGGCUUUCUUCCAGAACAUCAUGUACGGCGUCUUGUACGCCUACACUCCCGAGGUCUUCCCGGCUCCGAACCGCGGCACGGCCACUGGCAUUUCCAGCUGCCUUAACCGCAUUGCGGGACUGUGUGCGCCUCUCGUGGCCAUCUACGGCGGAAGUUCCAACCCAGAUGCUCCUAUCUACGCAUCUGGUGGAUUGAUUCUGGCCGCAUUCGUGGCCAUGUGUCUUCUCCCCAUUGAAACCCGGGGAAAGCAGACGCUGUAAAUGAUGACAACAUAAAAGAGAAAACGGGGAGGCAAGUAUUUAUAUAUUCUUUUCAUUAUUAUCUACACCAUAACGGCUGGUUAUGUUCAUACGCUCAUGUCUCAGCUUCUUGGGUAAGCGAGCAUAUUGAAACGAUGCAUGAUACCCAUGUUUUGAAUGGCUUGCAUGGACAACGGGAUUGCACAUAGUGCCUGGUGGUUAUAUGUAUACAUGCGCGCUUGAUUGAUUUGUUCCGUCUACUGACUCGUUCGGUUGUACUACUCUUCAUGUGUUGAUAUUCCUGUUGUAUGACGUGGAUGUCAUGACGUUUUUUCUUUUGGUUAGCCGUAUAUAGCUUCAAAAGAAGCAAAAAAAAAAAAAAAAAAAAAAAAAA